AUGACCGCGGCUGUUGUCGUCUCUCAGGACAGCAAUGAUAACAGUAGUACAGGUGGUCUAACCAAUGAGAUGGCCUAUGCUAUUAAACCUUUAAACUUGCAAGGAGGACAAUGUACUUGGUGUGGCAAAUACGGUCAUAAAAAGAUUGCUUGUCCAUAUUUAAAGUAA